GUCGGCCGCCCGGCAAUAUGGCGCUGCGAAGGUUUCCCACUUCAUGUUGUCUAUCUUUUCUCCGGGAGCACAAUUCUCCAAAUGCUACAUUUUCUGCUUUGCUACAACCAAGCUGGUUUGGAUGGCGUUUAGAAGAGGUCACCUACCUGCUUUGCGUCGAAUAGACUGAUACAAAUAAUUUGGUGUCUAAAAUCUACAGCUAAGAGACAUCUGCUGUCUGAGGAUGUUGUCAAACUACAAGACUUCCAGCGAAGGAAGCUGGCAGUGGCUCAUCUCAUCACAGGCUCAGAUGGGAAUUUCAUUGAAAUGAUCAGCCACAAGCUACAGAGGAACAGCCUGGUUUUGCAAGACGAGCUCAAGCUUCUUCUCCACUUGUGUCAGUCGGAGGAGGACGUGAAGACGGCCCGAGAUGCCAUUUAUAGGUACCAUGCAGAAAACCGGAACAUGGCGCACGGGGAGUUCAGGUUUGGCCCGCUCUUCAUGAGGCUGUGCUACGAGCUGCGACAGGAGCAGAUGGCCGCCGCUACACUUACAGAUCAUGAAAUGAAAGGCUUUUUCAGCGAGUCCACCUCCUUCAACAUCGGCAUAGACAUGUUGUUUAUGAAGGGCUAUCAUGAAGAGGCUCUGGAGGUGUUGGGAACCAUGAGAAGCCAACGUGUACCGUUCAAUAAAGACACACUCGUGCUGGCGUCUGCCGUCUGCUACAAAUUGAACACGACCGAGUCGUACACGAUCUGCACUUCGCUCAUUGACGAGGCUGUAGUGAAAGGGCAUUUUAUCCCCAGGCACGCUUAUUGCUUUGCUGUGGCUUUAGCCCUCAAACAGAAUGACGUUAAAAAGGCUCAGCUGUUUUUUUCACAAAUCAUGACCACAGAUAGCCGACUGUGUCAAAACAUAAAGGUUUUAGUACUGGCGAUGUCCGGGUCAAUCAAAGAGGCCAUUGCGUUCCUCUUUUCUGCGGGCAAACUCGCCAAAAACCUGCCCUUUGUCAGGAAGCCAGAAUUUUCUCACGAGGUGUUGGAUCAGGUGGUCCUGCACAGUGCGAGCGUAGCACAGGAGGCUGAAGCAAAGAAUAUCGUUUCCCAGCUGGAGCGUGCCGGUCAGGUGACGCAGCAGUCUCUGGACGAUAUGUUAUGUCAUACUCCUGCCCCCAAGAGGAAAGUGGCGCCCAUCAUGGAGGAGAGGCAUAUAAGCAGGAGAACAUUGAAGCCACUUCACUCAACACUGCUUUCGGAGUGAUUUGCGCCUCUUACUGAUUUACAUGAAUGAAUUGUAUAUUAAAAGUAUAUUUAAUGCGGAAGGAAAACAAGUCCUCAAGUCUGGACUCUGAUUGCUUAUCUUAAGCAAAUUGGGGUAGUCUGAUAACGUUUUCAGUUUUUUAAUGGGGUACAAAAAAGGUGAUGGUACGACAAGAAGGCCAAACAGAACGAAAGAAAAAAAAGGUUAAAGGUACAAGGUUAAAGUCCUAGUAUUAGUAUGAAAAAUAAGUUGUAGCAUUAGUAUGAGUUUAAAGUUGUUACACUGCUGGCCAAAAGUACUGGCACCCAUGCAAUUCUGUCAGGUAAUGCUCAAUUUCUCCCAGAAAACGAUUGGAAUUACAAAUGCUUUGGUAGUAAUAUCUUCAUUUAUUUUGUUUGCAAUGAUAAAACACAAAAGAGAAAGGGGGGAAAAAAUCAUUAUGACGAAAAACUCCAAAAAUGGGCUGGACAAAGGUAUUGUCACCCUUUGAAAAAUCAUGUGAUACCUCUCUAAUUUGUGUAAUUAAUUAACAGCACCUGUUACUUACCUGUGCCACAUAACAGGUGGUGGCAAUAACUAAAUCACACUUGCAGCCAGUUAAAAUGGAUUAAAGUUGACUCAAACUCUGUUCUGUGUCCUUGCGUGUACCACACUGAGCAGGGAGAAAAGAAAGAAGACCAAAGAACUGUCUGAGGACUUGAGAAGCCAGAUUGUGAGGAAGCAUGGGCAAUUUCAAAGCGACAAGUCCAUCUCCUAAGACUGAAUGUUCUUGUGUGUACUGUGUGCAGUGUCAUCAAUAAGUGGGAAGCCCAUGGCACUGUGGCUAACCUCCCUAGAUGUCGACGGAAAAGAAAAAUUGAUGAGAGAUUUCAAUGAAACAUUGUGCGGAUGGAGGAUAAAGAACCUCGACUAACAUCCAAACAAGUUCAAGCUGUCCUGAAGUCCACGACAGUGUCAACCCGUACUAUUCGUCAGCGUCUGAAUGAAAAGGAACUCUACGGUAGGAUACCCAGGAAGACCCCACUUCUGACCCAGAGACAUAAAAAAGCCAGGUUGGUGUUUGCCAAAACUUACUCGAGGAAGCCAAAAACUUGUUUGGAAGAAUGUUCUCUGGUCAGAUGAGACAAAAGUAGAGCUUUUUGGGAAAAAGCAUCAACAUAGAGUUUACAGGGAAAAAAUGAGGCCUCCAAAGAAAACACGGUCUCCACAGUCAAACAUGGCGGAGGUUCCCUGAUGUUUUGGGGUUGCUUUGCUACCUCUGUCACUGGACUUGUUGAUCGCGUGCAUGGCAUAAUGAAGUCUGAAGACUACCAACAAAUUUUGCAGCAUAAUGUAGGGCCCAGUGUGAGAAACCUGGGUCUCCUUCAGAGGUCAUGGGUCUUCCAGCAGGACAAUGACCCAAAACACACUUGAAAAAGGACUAGAAAAUGGUUUGAGAGAAAGCACUGGAGACUUCUGAAGUGGCCAGCAAUGAUUCAAGACCUGAAUCCCAAAGCAGGAGAGAUCUGAAAAUGGCUAUUAAGAGAAGGCACCCUUCAAAUCUCAGAGACCUGGAGCAGUUGGCCAAAGAAGAAUGGUUUAAAAUUCCAGCCUAGCAUUGUAAGAAACUCACUGAUGGAGACCGGAAGCGGUAGUUCAAAGUUAUUUUGUCUAAAGGUUGUGCUACCAAGUAUUAGGCUGAGGGUGCCAAUACUUUUGUCCGGCCCAUUUUUGGAGUUUUGUGUAAAAUGAUAAUGAUUUAA